CUAUAGUUAUAUAUCAGCUGUUUCAAGAACUUAAAAAACAACCACAUUUAAAAUGAAUGCCAAAGAUUGAAGUGCAUAUAUAUUGCGGGCGCAAAAUAUGAGGCAAUGCUUAAUAGUUAUUCUAGCAAUAGCAACGGUUGUACUAGCUGAGCGCCAAUGUGAAAUCGCUAGAAGAAAUAUAGUGUCCUUGGGUACUUAUGUAGAAGGACAUCAAACUAUUGCAUGUAUUGACCCAUGCGAUAGAACAGGGAAGGUAAUCUCAAACAAUGAAACGCAGUGUUCGGAGCGUCCAUACUGCCACUGGAACGGCACAUGGUGUUUUAUGAAAACAGUACCGCCCCCAACAACGAUGACAAAUAACAAGACUCAAGUUUUGGAAGAAUUAUCCUCGAGGCUCGACAGAAAUAGAACUGUCGACGUACACGGUCGUUCAGCAAAUGGGGACACGAGAGACUGCACAACAACAACCUUUCCAGACAGCUGUAAUAUCAAUGUUGAACAUUCAAAUAUGUCAGAAUUACUCAUCCCACCGUACGACAUACCAUACUGCCAAAGGGUUCCAUGCGUUGAUGCGGACGAGAAUGCAGACAACGACGAGAAGACGUGUCUCUUACACCCUGGAUGUUAUUUCGAUAGAGAACUUUCAGCAUUUCGAAAAUAUUACGGUCAUGCUGUUAUGCCUGGGAUUCCAGUUUGUCAUCAAGUUAUACGAAACGAUCGGUUUCUGCAAAUCGCACAAAACCUAAUGACCGUGGGCAAUUAUACGUGGAAUGCCUUACACACGAACUGUUUACUGCGAGAGUACCAUGAAGAAAUUUUCGAGGCGCCAACCGGAUGUUACAUAUUGACAUACCUGGAAUUUGCUGAUAUCUAUCCGAAACACUAUGGCUGGAAAGAUAUCAAUGUAACGGCCUGCGUCUUGAUCGGCGGGUGCUACUUUGGACCAAACCGGUGCUACUAUCCUGCAAACCCAUACGCAAACAUGCAGAUUUCCUCUAACAUGGAAGCUGUUGCAAGGCGGAAACCAUCUUUUCGAGACGAAUACGGCCAGCAAAUGUGUCGGCCAAUUUCGAUGGAGUUAAAAGGUGCUCAAUACCUCAGCGCAUACGAUAACUGCCUCAAGGCGGGGUGUGCUAUUCAUCCAAGCGUUGGAAAGGAACUUUUAGACAAUCUUCAUAUAGUGACCAUGGAAAGCGUGCCCCGAGCAUACCAACCUCAAUUUUGGGGUAAGGCCGUUAUUGGAGAAGUUAGAGCAGAUAAUUGGAUAGCUGAAGCUGACAGAAUGGUGUCUUGCGGGACUUUAAACACAAGUAAUCCGUUUGGAGUCCAUUAUGCGUCCGGCAGUAAUAUAAAUCUCACCCAGCUAUUAAGCAAUAGCAAUAACUUCUCAAGCCCGAAUGUUAGAAUUGUGCCAUUUGCAUUGACAAUAAACUUGGACGGAUCAUCCGCGAGAUUCCACCCCAGCCUACCCAGGCUUAACACCCUCGGCAAAAUCGACGCAACCACCUUAAGCAGAAUUUCGCUUUUUUCGAAGACGUUACUUUACUCGCAUAUACUGAAGGAGCGAAAAAGAAACCCUCUCGAAUACUUUUUUAGACUGCUUAUCCAAAGGCUACGAUGUCCAUAUUUAAACUAUUUUAACUUGGAAGGCUUUCAACCGAUGAGAGGUAGUUUUGAAGGCUGCUGCGACCGAACACUUUGCUAUACACCUCGAGAAGACAUACUUGGUCAAUACUCUGGCUCAGCAUCAUACUGGUCGCCGUGGGAACAUUGGUUAAGCUGUAGCAGGAGCUGUGGUAGUGGUGUUCAAGUAAGACGUCGUGUAUGUAUCGGUCGUUUUGAAGAAAACCAUUGCGCUGGAGACGCAGUUAUGGAGAAGCCAUGUAGUAUAGAAGUUUGUCCGAAAUGGUCGCAAUGGUCUAGUUGGGGGGCAUGUACAGAUAGUUGUGGUGGCGGACAAAAGUUAAGAGUCCGUGUCUGCCUUCUGCCGCCGUGCGAGGAAGCUCGAGAAGAGAGGACCCGGUGUUCGACGGAUGACUGUCCGCUUUUUGGGCAGUGGGGGACUUGGUCUGCGUGUUCUUUGACCUGUGGAAUUGGUAUAAACUCUCGCCGUAGAACUUGUAACGAUAGCAUGACUAGUGUAACUUGCCCUGCCAACACCCACAACGAAGUUUUGGACACUAGACCUUGUCACGAGUACUGUGGCAGUCCUGUUCGAAUUAGUGUUGGUUCUUGUAGCCCAUACCCGUAUUGUGUAUCAAUAGUACAGCAGAAAUGUGAAUACGUAACGCCUAACGGAGUCGCAGUAAACGGACAUUGUCGUAAUUUUAAAAGACGAAAGAAAAUUCGCUGCAUGGACCUUUGGCGUUCCUGUACCUGGUGUGCGGUGUACCAAUGCGAGCAACUGGACACAUAACUAUAAAAAUUGUCGUCGCUGUUUCGAAUAAAAUCUGGAGCAAAACUGUGCCCAGGUA